UGGAGGUGGAGGCCGCAUUAACGUGUUUGUGUACACUGAAAGCGCGAGUCAUGGAAAAGUCAAAACAAUUGCAAUUGGGAGCCAAGAAUAAAAAAAAACAUUCAUCGUCUCAUAGUAAUUGUUAAAAACUUUCUUUUUAAAACUUCAAAAUUAAUCCGAGAUGGAAUGGGAAAGCGACGAGCGGGAGCUGAAGGCGGCCGGCGCUGUGGCGCUUGGCGGCGGACGCGUCGGAUUCCUCAUUCGUGGUUGGGAGAUCGAGACCUCCAAGCGUUCAAUUCUCAAUUCCUCUCUUCUCCAACAGUGGGAGGAGAAGCUUCAGACAACCCAUUUGCCGGAGAUGGUUUUUGGUGAGAGUUGUUUGAUUCUUAAGCACGUGAACAGUGGCAUUAAACUUCAUUUUAAUGCCUUUGAUGCUCUACGCGGCUGGAAGCUGGAAGCAUUGCCUCCAGUUGAAGUUCCAGCAGCUGCUCUUUGGAAAUUCCGGUGCAAGCCUACUGAUCAGGUGAUACUGGAUUAUGACUAUACGUUCACAACACCAUACUCUGGAAGUUUUGUUGUUGAAAAAAGUCCUGAGUCUGGAAGAGGGCCUCCUGAGGAAAGAAGCUGCAGUCCUCAUUGGGAAGAUUGCGAGGAACAAAUUGAUAUGGUUGCAUUAUCAGCUAAAGAACCCAUUCUUUUCUACGAUGAAGUCGUAUUGUAUGAAGAUGAAUUGGCUGAUAAUGGUGUCUCUCUUUUGACGGUUAAAGUGAGAGUUAUGCCAAGUGGAUGGUUUCUUCUCUUGCGCUUCUGGCUCAGAGUUGAUGGAGUGCUCGUGAGAUUGAGGGACACUCGUAUGCAUUGCAGUUUCAAGGAGAGUACAGAACCAGUUAUUCUACGAGAAAUCUGCUGGAGAGAAGCCACCUUUAAAGCCUUGUCAUCUAAAGGAUAUCCUACAGAUUCUGCUGCAUACAGUGAUCCUGGUAUCAUUAGUGAAAGGCUCCCAAUGGCCAUGCGCAAGACCCAAAAGCUUAUAGUAAAAUAAAUACUGUAAGCUAUAACAAGACUUACUGUUAUUUAAAUAACUGAAGACAUACUCGUCAAUCUUCGUGAAGAUUUAGAGCGAUAUGUGAUGUAGAUUUCGAACUUGUUUUGAGGAAACUAUAACCUAUUUGAUGUGAAGUUUCGGUCUUAA